AGCACCCCGCUGGCGAUGCGGCAGGUCCGAAGGCAGGCACCGGGGGUGCCGCCCCGAUCCCGCUCCCACUCCCGCUCCCGCUCCCGCCCCUGCUCGCCCGCCCGGCCCCUCUACGCGGUGCUGGCUGCCGCGCACGGAGCGCGGAAGAUGGAGGACUACGGGCGUUUCUUGGCGCUGCUGGUCUCGGCGCUGCUGGUCGGCUUCGUGUCCGUUGUCUUCUCCCUCGUCUGGGUCUUUCGCUACCGCGAAGGGCUGAGCUGGGACGGCAGCGCGGGGGAGUUCAACUGGCACCCCGUCCUCAUCAUCACGGGAUUCGUCUUCAUCCAGGGCAUCGCUAUUAUUGUGUACAGGUUGCCCUGGACCUGGAAGUGCAGCAAACUCCUAAUGAAGUUCAUACAUGCUGGAUUAAAUACCAUAGCUAUGAUUCUUGCUAUCGUUUCUAUGGUAGCCGUGUUUGACUUCCACAAUGCCAGGAAAAUUCCUAAUAUGUACAGUCUACACAGCUGGAUUGGACUGGCUGCUGUUAUAUUUUACUCUCUCCAGCUUGUCUUGGGGUUUGCUGUCUUCCUGCUCCCUUUUGCUCCAGUUCCCCUCCGAGCAGCUCUGAUGCCAAUACACGUUUAUUCGGGUCUCACCAUCUUCGCAACAGUGAUUGCAACAGCUCUCAUGGGAAUCACAGAAAAGCUUAUAUUUUCAUUGCAAAACCCUGCAUACAGUGCAUCCCCACCAGAGGCAACUUUUGUCAACUGUCUUGGUCUUCUGCUUGUCAUAUUUGGUGCCCUUGUUUUGUGGAUGGCAAGCAGGCCCCACUGGAAGCGCCCACCAGAGGUGAAUGCGGAAGUUCUGCGGCCCUUGGGGGAGCCUCCUGAGGGCAGAGAAGCAGAAUCCACAAUGACAGAUGGCAGUAACACUGAUAAACCUCCUCUGGGCAUCAGCAGUGAGGCAGCCAGGAAACAAAACCUCAAACUUGAUGAGGCAGGCCAGCGAUCAACUAUGUAAAGCAAAUACACAGAGUAAUAAUACUGCUACACUGCCAAAGCCCCCUGCUUUCCUCUGAUUUAGUUAUAUUCAUAUACAAGUAGGUUGGGGGUUUAUUUUUUAUUACCUGUUUACAUGGAUAUUUUAUUGAGAAAUCAAAAUAUAUUGCCAAAUGUUUUCUAUUUCAGAAGACUUUCUUUGCUUCUAUUUCAGAAAAUUCCUUCUCCUGUUUCUAACUGUUCACAAGAACUUAAAGAAUUACCUUACUGAUUUUUACUUGCAAUACUUUUUUAUACAUGAAAGUAUAUGUUUAAUUACAAUUUCUAUUUUCCUUAAUC